GCGGGCUCCCUGCGUGGUAGACGCCACCGCCACACACACCUGCUCCUUGUACCACCAUCUGCUCCCAGCGUGCCCUCCUCUCCCCACCCUCGCCCUCCUGCCAUGGAUGAACCUGCCGAGCCCGGGAACCAGGCUGCGUGGGACCCCUAUGAGAAAAACAUCUCGGAGAUCAGCCAGAAUUUGUCAGGCGAAUACUUCAGGUAUAAAGGCAUCCUCUUCCCCGUCGGCUUCUACUCACCUGAGAGUAUCAGCAUCGCAGAGAACUCGGAAGUGCAGGACGAUGACAUCUUCAUCAUCACCUACCCCAAGUCAGGCACAAACUGGAUGAUUGAGAUCCUCAGCUUAAUCCUAAAGGACGGGGACCCCUCCUGGAUCCGCUCAGUGCCCAUUUGGAAGCGGUCGCCCUGGUGUGAGGUCGUCAUGGGCGCCUUCAGCCUCCCCGACCAGCCCAGCCCUCGCCUCAUGAGUUCUCACCUCCCCAUCCAGCUCUUCACCAAGGCCUUCUUCAACUCCAAGGCCAAGGCACAAACUGGAUGA